AUGGACCACAGCCUGGCCGUGGGCUUCAACUUGGGGUUCCCACCAAUGUCAAGGGACAUUCCAGGGCCCAUGCUGAACCGGAUGUCCAAAGCAGCUCCUGCCAAAAAACCAGCAGCCCCACCUCCAGGAUGUACCCUGGAUAUUAACGACCCUCAGGUUCAGAGCGCUGCCAUUCGCAUCCAGGCCUCUUAUCGGGGCCACAGACCGCGCCCGCGGGGUAGGUCCAGGAAGGAGUUGCGCGAGAAGGGGCCGCCGCGGGUGCUCGAGCCACUGAAGGACGUGGUGCUGAUCGAGGGCAGCGCUGCCAAGUUGACUUGCCGCAUUUCGGCUUUCCCUGACCCGUUCAUCCGCUGGAGCAAGGAUGGCAAGGAACUGCGCGACGGGCCCAAGUACCGCUACGUCUUCGAGGACCCUGACGUUGUGGCACUGGUGGUGCGCGACGGCGAACUAGCAGACCUGGGCCAAUAUAGCAUCAACGUAACCAACCCUUUCGGCCAGUGCUCAGACUCGGCGCGCAUCCUCGUGGAAGUACCCGCUAAGAUUCAAAAGGGACCGGACAACACUAAAGCACGCAAAGGCACCACGGUAACGCUGACCGCGGAGAUCAUGGGAGAGCCUCCACCAGACGUGGGUUGGACUAAGGACGGGGAGGACAUCGAGGAGGACGACAGGGUGUUCUUCGAGAUCGGUACUACUACCACGACGCUGACCAUUCGCCGGGCCACACCUCAGGACAGCGGCAAGUACGAAGUGUACGUGGAGAACAGCCUGGGCAUGGAUCAGAGCUUCGCUCGCGUGGACGUGGCCUGAAAGGGACCCUCAAACCUUUCGCCCUGGCUUCAAGCCUAGGGGUGGGUGGGGACCGUCAGCCCUCCUCUUCUUGCUUAAUAAAGCUGCUCUCUGA